UAAUAUCUACAAUUGGUUGGCUGCAAAACGCGUUUCAAAAAGGUAUUCUACCGAAGAAGGGUGGGUUGACUCCAACUGACCAUUUUCCACUUUCAAAAUUUCAUAUCCAACAAUGAAAUUGAGCAUAAACUACUAAUUCAGUGAUGAAUUCUUCCCAUCAGAUCCAACCUCUGUUCUUCCUCUUCAUUUUGGCGGCUCCACUCUCCUUUGCCGACUUCAUUUCAGAUGCUGUUGUUGGCCACCAAGUUGGGAAUGGAAGGAGUCUCCUCCAGAUUUCGAAACCUUGCCCUGUGGACAUUGAACACCUAAACUACACUAUCCUAACGAGCAAGUGCAAAGGACCAGAUUACCCUUCGGACCAAUGUUGUUCUGCAUAUAAAGAGUUGGCAUGCCCUAUUGCGGAUGAGCUUAACGAUGCAAGAAACGAUUGUUCUAAAAAGCUCUUCAGCUACAUCCCCACGGUCGGCCAAUAUCCGCCUUUCUUGUUCGGCAGUAUAUGCCGCGACGGCAAAGAUGGACUCUCCUGCCCAUUGCCACCACCCUCACCCGUGUCUUAUGUUGCCACUCCCGUUGCAUUAGGACACCCAAUCUUGGUUGGGUUGUUGCUUUUCGCACUCGCGUUUGUGCUAUGAAAACUCAACCUUUGAUCAUGUUUGUGAUGCAGCUUGAUUUGUUUUUCUUUUAUAUAUUAGGAUUUCCUAAAUUUAUUAAGUUGUUUUGUUAUUUAUUUGCUUUCCUAAUUAAUUUAAAUAAGUAUAUGAGAAAUUGUUCACCAGUA